AUGGCGAAAACAUACCAAUGGACAAACUAUGAGCAAAAUCUGCUUUUAAGUGCUUAUUUCUGCGGUUACGUUGGACCUAAUUUAAUAGCUGGAGUUGUUGCAGAACGUUUCGGUGGAAGAUUUCUAAUAUUUACAGUUUUUUUCUUAUCAUCAAUCAUCACAGUGUUGUCACCAUUUACAGCCAGUAGAAACAUUAAUCAUUUAUUCUGUGCACGUUUUCUUCUUGGAAUUUGUGGUGGUUUCUUUUUUUCUACAUGUCACAAUCUCAUAUCAAGAUGGGCACCUCCAGAAGAGAAAGGAAUAUUCGUGUCGAGCUUGCUUGGAUCGAAACUUGGAACAGCUGUUACUUGGCCUUUAAUGGGAGUAAUAAUAGAAAAUUUUGGAUGGCAAUCUGCAUUCUAUUUGACUUCAGUAUUUUCACUUGCAUGUGCAGCCAUUUGGUUGAAAAUUGUUGCAGAUUCUCCAGACAAACAUCCCAGUAUAGCAUCAGAUGAGAAGGAAUUCAUUGAGAGGUCGUUGAGUUCACUGUUGACAAAGAACAAGAAACUUCUGCCGAUGAAGAAAAUUUUUAGUUCCGUUCCGUUCUACGCUUUACUCUUCCUUCAUUUUAGUGACGUUUGGGGAAUCUUUUUUCUUCUCACAUCAGCUCCAAUGUUUAUGAAUCAAGCAUUGAACUACGAUAUCAAAAAUGCUGGGAUUGCUUCAGCACUUCCCUACAUAGCACGAUUAAUUUUUGGAUUUUUAUUUGGAGCACUUGGAGAUUAUUUCAUGAAAAAUGGAGUUAGACCAACAAAACUUCGAAAACUUUUUUGUGUCUUUUCGCAUAUCAUUCCAGGAUUACUUUUAUUUGGAUUUUGUUUCGUUGGCCAAAAUCCUUAUGUUUGUAUUAUGCUUAUGACGUUGUCCCUUGGAUUUAAUGGAGCAUCUACAAUGACAAGUGCACAAAAUCCUCAAGAUUUAGCACCAAAUUUUGCUGCAACUAUCUUUGGUUUCGUAAACUUUUUCGCUACAAUGAGCGGGUUUAUAUCUCCGUUAGUUGUAAGCUACUUUACUCAAGAGAAGAACACAAUUAAUGAGUGGCGAAUGGUUUUCAUUCUCGAUGGAGUUCUUUACAUCACAUCUGCGAUAAUUUUCAUUCUUUUCGGAAGCGCUGAAGUUCAAAGAUGGAAUAAACAAGGCAAUUAUCAUAAGGAACUGAUGAGUGCAUGA